CUGCCGCUCGCCCUCGCCGCCGAGACCCCCACCUGCGCCCCGCUCGUCCCGGUCACCUUCGACAAUGCCACCAUCCCUGGGCUCCUGGGAUGGUGGUUCUACAUCACCGGCGCCUCCAAGUACCCACCUCACCUGGCAGAGCUGAAGGAGGUGAAACACGCGACUUUUUCCUUCUCUCCCAGCAGCCACAAGGACGAGCUCAACGUCACCGAAAUCGUGAGACUGAACGAGUCGUGCGUGGUGAGGAACACCAGCAAGAUCCAGGUCAUUUGGCACAACUCCACCCUGGCGCACGUUGAUGACCAGGUGCUUUCCAUGGCCGAGCUGAUCCAAAGCGACAAGGACCUGCUGAUACUGAAGUACUUGAACGCCGACUUCCUGGGUCUGAGCCUCUCGGCACGGACGCCCAACGUGAGCAAGGAGCACCUGGAGGAGUUCAAAGCCCACCUGCACUGCCUGGGCUUCACCGAGGAGGAGAUAUUCCCCACUUCAGAAAAG